AUGACAGGCAUCGACUACUACGAGCGGUUGACGACGGUCUGCACCUUGGACAACACACCGCUCCUCAUACCACUUGCUGUCGGCUUCACCGUCGGCUACCUCCAGUACGCCUAUGUCAUCCGACUCACACUGCGAGAGGGCAAGGGCCCGAUGCCAUUUUGGAUGCACUCCUUCUACUUGGCCCACGACUCGACGUGGUCAUACCUCAUCGGAAAAGCCGCAACCCAAUACGGGGAACACUGGUUCCUCCGGGGCACGUCGACGGGCUUGUUCGUCUGGUCGGUGCUGGAGUCAUGGUGCAUCUACAGAGCGGUCACCAAGGAGCGCGAGGCCAGCUUCGCGAGCGUGCUCGGGAAGCAACCGUCGUUCUCGUCGGCCUUGACGUAUGCGGUGGCGUUGCAGCUAGCCAUGUACUCGGUGGUGUUGCUCGGGAUCGAGCUCAUGGGCCAUGGAUGCAUGAUUCAGUGGUUCUGCCUCACCAACGUCCUCAUCGUGCUGGGACCUACGCACCACUACUUACGGGCGGGCUCGAGACAGGGUCUCUCGUUGGGGCUGUGUCUAGUCAACAUCGUCGGCACCAUCUUCACCUUUGCCCCUUUCAGUUCUGCCGUCAUCAUGCUUCCGGAGAUCUUCGACACGCCGACUUACUACACCAUCGGUGGCUUCCUUACUUUGUACUCGGUCUGGUGCUUUUACGUUGUCUGGCAGUAUCCGAGUAAGACGCGGGCGGCGGACAAAAGUGAAUAUGAUCCCAUUUGGUAG